ACUCGAUCCAGCGCAAAAUGAUAUGACCCCCGAAGCAGUAAUAUAAGACGCUUGCCAAAACAAGGGUCUUCCAUGAAGCUAUCCGUCCAGGGCAGGCCCGAAGAAAAGCACCCAUAAGACUUGGCAGGACUUGAAUUUCCCCAGGCCAUACAUCUUCCACAGCGUUCCGUUCUCAGCAUUCCCGCAAACCCGUCAAAAAAAAACCACUGUCGUCAAAGGCAUUUUCCCAACAUUAGCGAAAACCCCACCGCCUAGAUCACAUAUUCAGAAUGGCAAAAACAGGCAAAGGCAAAGUGCUUCUUGCAUACUCCGGAGGUCUCGACACCUCCUGCAUUCUCGCAUGGCUUAUCGAGCAGGGAUACGAGGUCCUUGCGUUUAUGGCCAAUGUGGGACAGGAGGAGGACUUUGAGGCUGCUAAAGAGAAAGCCUUGAAGAUUGGAGCUUCCCAGGUUUUCAUUGAGGACGUGCGCAAAGAGUUUGUUGACAACCUCAUCUGGGCGCACGUGAAGGCGAACAGUCUGUACGAGGGAGUUUAUCUGCUCGGCACAGCACUGGCCCGACCCGUGAUUUGCAAAAAGCAGAUUGAGAUUGCGGUCCGUGAGGGCUGUGAGUAUGUAUCGCACGGAUGCACCGGCAAAGGAAACGACCAAGUGCGAUUCGAACUGGGCUACUAUGCGCUUCAUCCCGACAUCAAGGUCAUUGCUCCUUGGCGAAACCCAGAAUUCUUCGAACGUUUCCCGGGAAGGCCCGCGCUGCUAGACUAUGCGCAAGAGAAGGGAAUCCCCGUUUUCCAAACCGCCGCGAAGCCAUGGUCUACGGAUGAAAACCUGUACCACAUUUCGUUCGAGGCCGGCAUCCUAGAAGACCCUUCCGUUACACCGCCAAAGGACAUGUGGAAACUGACUGUGGACCCAGAAGACGCACCCGAUGCACCGGAGCGAAUCGCAAUCCAUUUCGUAAACGGUGAACCGGUCAAAGUGGAGAACAUAACAGAUGGGCAGACAUCACAAACGGAUUCUCUGGAGCUGUUCUUGUACCUGAACGCUCUCGGACGAAAGCACGGAAUUGGACGCGUUGACAUUGUGGAGAAUCGAUUCAUUGGUAUCAAGUCGCGAGGAUGCUACGAGACUCCUGGAGGAACCAUCCUGCGUGCAGCACACGUUGACCUGGAAGGCUUGACCCUGGACCGUGAAUUGCGUCGCCUGAAAGACCAAGCGGGCACGCGAUUGGCGGAAGUUCUCUACAAUGGUCUCUGGUUCUCGUCUGAGCGCGAGUUCCUGACAGCGUCAAUCGAUCAGUCUCAGAAGGCGGUCAAUGGCGUCGUAAACCUGAAACUUUACAAAGGCAACGUAAUCAUCGAAGGCCGAACGUCACCAAACUCGUUAUACGACUCCAAGAUUGCUUCCAUGGACGAAUCUGGCGGGUUCAACCAUGCCGAUUCCGAGGGGUUCAUCAAGAUUCAAAGUAUCCGGUUGAAGGCACACAUGCGACAGAAGCAGCUGUGGUCUGAGAAGCAUUGAGAGUUUGUAGGCGUUAUUUUCUUGUAGAUAGCAUUUCGGUUGGCUUGGCGAAUAGAUCAUGUCAUCUGCUCGAAGGGUUUGAUCCCAUUUUGAAGCAUCGAUGGUCGAUGCAUGUAGUCCGCAGUUCGCCGUUCGAGACUCAGCUGAUAGGCCGACGUCGUGCCUUCACAUUGGCGUCACCUCACACCUCUACAAAUAUACAUAUCGACGCCUUUACACGAGUGUCUUCCGUACUCGUGCCAUGUUGCUGAUUCGGACUACUUUGGGUCUUAUAUGCACACCUUCAAAUCCAGAUCAAGGAUAUGCCAUUUCAGAGCACUUUGGCUGUCAAAGUUCUGUGAUGUGCAUGCAAGCGACUCUCUCUGGUGCUUCACCCAUCUUGAA